AUGUCCACAAAAUCUCAAAGAAGUGUGAAUUGGAGGCCCGAAGAAGAUGAGGCAUUGUGCAGAGGGUGGGUUUCUGUUAGUGAUGAUGUGGCUAUUGGCACCAAUCUAGCAAGCGACACAUUUUGGAAGCGUGGUCAACAGUUUGCUGUUAAUUCUGAAGACAACUCAUGGGACUAUUAUCCAAGCCCCUACGAUGGUGGUUAUUAG